UUACUCUUGAUGGAAAUUGGCCAGAAGCUGUAAACAGACUUGUUACGAAAACUGAUGAGCGUAUAGAAAGAAUAGAUUUGAAAGAAUUAUUAGAAUGUAAUUUUUCAACAACAACUUCAAGUUCUUUAACAGCGAGUCGUAUUGUAUUAUUAGAUAUGGUUAAGUCUUACUUUAAUUAUAAAUUACGUUUUCGAUGUGGAAUUCCAAAAAUUACACUUGAAGGAACACUUCAAGAUUGGGCAAAGCUUCAAGAAAAAGUUGUUAAAUUAAGAAAAUUGAAUUUAGAUUUAGAUUUUUGGUUGGAUCGUCUUGAACCUGUAAUUUGGAAUUUAAUAGCAACUUAUCUUGGUGAAGUCGAUGAAGAUUUUUGGGGUAGAAUUGUAAAAAUAGAUAAGGUAUUUGGUUCUGGUGGUGGUACUUAUAUUACAGGAUGGAUGUUGGCUUUCUUUCCUUAUAAUCGAUCAGGAUAUCCUAUACAGCACGAUAGGUUAGAACUUUCUGAUAUUCCUAAUGGUAUUAUUGAGGUUCCUUUUACCACGGAUAUUGGAUUAAAUUUAAAAUUUGCAGCUGGAUUUUUUGGUGCUAAUCAAGACAUUCUCGAAGAUUCAAUUAGUGAAUCUGUUGUUUCUCCUGUGAUUGGGUGGUCCAUUAUUGAUAACAUAAAAAAGAAUUCAUCUAGAAAAUAG